CCAGUUGUGGCUGGUCUGUUCAAAGUUCUUUAAUCUGCUCUUAUGUGCUACAUCAAGUCAAAGCGAAAGUAAAGAGGCAGACAGAAGCAGACGGACAGAUUACCGAUCAGCAGCCGAUCAGAUCAAUAUGUUGGUGAUCCAGCUGAUGUGUGUGUCUCUGCUGUGUGGUCAUGUGAUCAGCUCAGCCUCAGGUAGACACUCCCUGUGGGCGUUGGCCUCCUACAUCUCUGGGUCCACCAUGUUCCCAGAGUUCACGGUGGUCCUAAUGCUGGACGACAUCCAGGUAGCCUACUUUGACUCAGAAGUGGAUGGGAUAAGGAGGACCGCUGCCACCGAGGUGGAAGUGGACCUGUUGCAGGACAAAGUGUUUGUUCUGCGGGACAUGUGGAAAAGCAUGAGGAAGAGGAUGAACCUGGCCAAACUCCACCUUAACUUGACGACAGGAGUUCAUGUCCUGCAGAGGCUGGCAGGCUGCGAGGUGAUGGAUGGGCAACCGGUGCUCAUCAUGAACAACGCCGUCAACGGCCAGGACGUCGACGGUGUGAUGUUCAAUAUGACGCACUUCGCUCUGUUCAGACGACCGAACUGGGUGAUCCACUGGGACGACAUGGAGUGGGCAUUCAUCCAGACACUGUACUCUAACAUCUACCUGCCGGCCUGUGCACAGACUCUGAAGAUCCUGUUGAAUCGAGAAAAACGCCUUGUGAUGCGUCGGGUUCGACCUCAUGUUCACUUCCUCAUGAAGCAGGUGGUGGGCGGGGCUCAGCUCACCUGCCUGGCUACAGACUUUUACCCCCGCCACAUCAACCUGACACUUCUGCGGAACGGCCGAGCGAUAGAUGAGGAGCAGCUGACGGGUGGUGCUGUGCUGCCCAAUGGUAACGGUCUGUACCAAGUGAGGAAGACUCUGACGGUCAGCGUUGAAGAGCUGAAGCUGAAACACAACUACACCUGUGUGGCGUCUCACCUGAGCCUGGACAACCGGCUGCAGGUGAGCUGGAGGGCGGAGUUCUCCCGCUCUCACAAGAUCCCCAUCAUCUCAGUUCCUGCCAGUGUGGCGCUCACUGCCGGUCUGCUGGUGGUGCUACUGUGGUGGAGGAGGAGGAGGUCAAAGGGAAUCGCCAUGGAAACACAGGAGCAGCAAGUAGAGCCAGAGCUGUGAAUGAAGGAUGUUCAGGCGAUCUGAGAAAGUGAACACACCGAAGUCCAGGGCAGAACCUGAAUUAAACUAAAAGUGUAAAUUACGCAGAAUUCGUUAUGUCAGUGAGACUCGUUAACGACAACGACAGUAGAGCCGUUUGUCAUGAAUCAGCAGCAGUAAAUCUAGUCACAUGGAUUCAUUAUCCUUCUUUCACCACCAGUUUAUCUCACUCUCUCACUCAAUACCAUUAAAUAGUGUUUUUAAGUGAUGCAACAAGCGUGACCUUUGACCUUCUGCCACCAAAAUUUCUUCAGUUCAUCCUUGGAUCCAAGUUUUGCGACAUUCUGUCAAACUGUUUGUGAGAUGUUGAAUUUUAGACAUAAUGGAGACACAUCUUGUCAUAGAAAUGAACCAACACAUGUAAAAUAUGUUUAGUUCAAUAAACAGAAGCUUUGAAGGUUUUUAGUUUAAGGGUUUUACUGAUGGUGCUGUGGUACAAGUGGUGCUGGUUUUGAUUUUUCAGAAAGAGUGAGGCUGUUGCAUUUGUUUAGUGAAUUUCUUCAUCUGAUGGACAUGAUAUAAAAUGACUUCCUGUGUUGAAAAGGUCAAUUGAACUUGGACUGUACCACCCUUGCUAUGAAUGGACUGUUCCAGGUCCCCCAUGAUUGGUUCGAUCCACACUGCACAGCCAGUUCACGCCGCUGUUCAGGUUUUGCACAUAUGUCACAUGAUCACAUGGUUUUCUGUUUAUGAUGCCAUACUGGCAGGCAAGCUUUCCUUGGAUCGUACAAUUGCCCAUUGUUGGUGAUAUUUAUCUUUCUCCUGUGUAGAUCUACAAUAACAUAAAGCUUUAAGCAGUGUGAUCAUGGUAACCACAUGUGUUGCGAUUGGUUGCAAUAGAUGAGUUUCAUGUGACGUAUGCAUACAUUAAGUCUAGGAGGCGGAAGUCACACCGAGUUCGUAGUGUGUUAAAUGAUGGACCUGCUAAACUCCUGUGUGCCGUUUAUUCCUUAGCUUUCACCAAGUAUAAG